CGCCCGGCCCCGCCGCCAGCCCGCCCUCGGCCCGGGGCUGCGGCGGGCAGCGCUGCCCGGCGCCGCGGUGCAGCCCAGAGCGGCCGGGCCCGGGACGGCGGCCCCGCGCGGGGCCCGGCUGCAGCCCAGACGCCCGGCGGGCGAGGUUGAUUGUUUUCUGGUCAGCAGCAUCCCAGGGAGAAGAUGGCUCAGCCUGCACCCCUGAACCAGAACCUCCCAGAUCUCGGGGGCCCCUUCUUGUACCGGGACCAGGAUGACGGGGAGAAGAGCUCAUAUUCAGUGGAAACCCCCUACGGUUUCCUCCUGGACCUGGAUUUCCUGAAAUACGUUGACGACAUCGAAAGCGGCCAAACGCUGAAGAAAGUGCCGCUGCCUCGCAGGGUGAAAGGGUCCCGGCAGCCGCCCAGCGCCCUGCGCAGCCCCAGCAGCCAGGCCAGUGACUGGACCUCCACCGAGUCCCUGGCCUCCACGGCCAGUGAGGAGGGCAGGGUCGCGCUGCUGCUGUCCCCGCACCGCCGGGCACCCCCGGAGCCCCCGAACAAGCCAACCUCCCACCCCGUCUCGCCACCACCGCCAGUGCGGCUGCUGCGACCUCCCACCCGCAAGUACCUCGUGCGAAACCCGCGGGUGGAGAAGACCUUGCUGGAAACAAGCCGGAGGCUGGAGCAGGAGCAGGGCCAUUUGCAGGAUGUUGGCGGUCCCUCCCGCGGUGGCCCGCUGGGCACCCUCAGUCAGCUGUCCCCCUGGGUGCCGGUGGGUGCCGAGGGCCAGGGGGGCUGGGGACGGGCGAGCCCUGCCAGCUCGGGGCACAGCACGCCGGCGGCGGGGCUCAGUGCUGCUCCGCUGCAGCACGUGCGGGAGCAGAUGGCAGCAGCCCUGCAGCAGCUGCGGGACCUGGAGGAGCAGGUGAAAACCAUCCCCCUCCUGGAGAUGCAGAUCUCGGAGCUGAAGAAGGAGAAGGCAAAGCUGAUGGAGAAGCUGUCAGUGGUGCCCGGCGAGGCUUUUUGCCACCCCCCUGGCUCCGAGGCGGUGGCAGGGGGCGAGGAGCCACCCCAAGGUGGGCCAGAGAGCGAAGCAGAGCCAGCGAAGGGGCGAGCGAGCAAGAUCGCGGAGCUGAGGAAGCUGACGGAGAAGCUGGCCGUGCCGGAGCGGGGCAGCAGGGCUUGGCCAGGCAGGAGCCCCAGGGCUGCCGAGAGGCCGUGCCGCUCCGUGGCGGUGGGCGAGGACCGGGCCAUGACCGAUGCAGUCUUCUACUACCGCGGUGACGUGCCGGACGGUGGGGUGAGGGAGCGCAGGGACGUGGGCGUCUGGGUGCUGGAGUCCUCGCUGGGGCUGGCCAGCGAGGUGGAGCGGGAGCUGGAGCUGCUGCAGCAGACGGUGGGGCACCAGAAGGAGGUGAUCGCCCUGAUGGAGGGGCACCUGCGGGAGGCCACGCGGGAGCUGGAGGAGCUGCGGCUGGAGGUGUGCGCCCGCCGGCCCCACGGGCGGCUGGACAAGGAGGUGACAGCCAAGCCGCAGGUGGCCGAGGCGCUGGUGGAAGCGGCAGUGGCGACACAGAGCCGGGCAGCCGGCGACCCCCCAGAGACGGCAGAGGCGGGUGUGGAGUGCUGCCCACCGACCAGCUGCAUCGGGGUGGGCUGCCGCCCCGAUGGGCGGGAUGUGGCGGUCGGACCUGAUUCAGCUGCCCAGCGCGAAGACAAGGGCAGCCAGACCGACGUGGGCAGUGCCGUCCCGGUGGGCGAGGAGCCGGAUCCCAGGGCAGGUGAUGCCUCAAGCAGCCCCUCGGCACAGGGCGCAGGAGCCAUGGGGGGUAUGUGCCAGUGCCCGGACCCCAGGGCAGCCACGCCAGAGACGACGCACAGCAGCCAGGACCUGUCCCUGGUGCGGGAUGGCGGAGCUGGACCAAGCCCUGCGGCUGGAGCCCUGAAGUCCAUCAUGAAGAAGCGGGACGGUCCCCCCCGGAGCGAGGCCGAGGGCAGCAAGAAGAGCCUGCAGUUUGUGGGCGUGCUGAACGGGGAGUACGAGAGCACAUCCAGCGAGGAGGAGGAGGAAGGAGACAGCUCCUCUGAGAAGGCUUCAGCUGACAGCUCUGACAGCGAGGAGAUUGGGGACAUGGACACCUCGGAUGAGGAGGUUGGGGAAGGCGAGCACAAGCCAGGCCAGGAGCAUGAGGGGGCUGGUGGGACCCUGCCGGAGACCCCGGUGGUGAAGGAAAAGUUUGAGCUGAGCCCCAGGAUGCGGGAGGCAUGCCUCAUCGUCAAGACCCACCUGGGCCACCCCAGUGCCACCAAGAGCAAAGAGGUGCUCGCCAGCAGCAGCCUGGUCCUGCAGGAGUGGUUCCGUCUGUCCAGCCAGAAGGUGUCCACCCCCGACACGGUCGCCAACCACCUCCUGGCCUUUGCCGAGGUCUCGCCAGCUCUCCUGGCCCAUGUGGUGAACCUGGCAGACGGCAACGGCAACACGGCCCUGCACUACAGCGUCUCCCACUCCAACUUCCACAUCGUGCGGCUGCUGCUGGACACAGGGGUCUGUAACGUGGACCACCAGAACAAAGCUGGCUACACCGCUCUCAUGCUGGCAGCGCUGGCGGCCGUCGAGCAGGAGGACGACAUGAACGUGGUCAGGAGGCUUUUCAGCAUGGGCAACGUCAACGCCAAGGCCAGCCAGGCUGGCCAGACAGCGCUGAUGCUGGCUGUCAGCCACGGCCGGCAGGAGAUGGUGGAAGCCCUGCUCGCCUGCGGAGCGGACGUGAACCUGCAGGAUGAGGAGGGCUCAACCGCGCUGAUGUGCGCCUGCGAGCACGGCCGGGUAGAGACAGUGAAGCUGCUGCUGGCUCAGCCCACCUGUGACAUCUCCGUCGUGGACAGCGAUGGUAACAACGCCGUCGCCAUAGCGCUGGAGGCUGGGCACAGCAACAUCGCUGUGCUCCUCUACGCCCACCUCAACGGCACAAAGGUGCAGCUGCCUGGGACAUCACCGACAACCACGAAGAGCCCUGGGAGCCCAAAGAAACCAAAUUAGAGCGACCUUGGGAUCCAGCCAGGGACCAGCUGCGUGCCAGCCAGCCACCAGCAGCACUGGGCAGUAAUUUAUGUCCCCUCACCUGCUACUCCUUUGUGUGCCAAAUCACUCUCCGCAGCUGCAGAUGCUUUAAUCCUCCUGUUAAUGGAGCACGCACCAUCCCUGGGCCUCACUCGCCCGUCUCCAGUGCUGGAAGUGGCCCACCUCAUUCCAUCAAGUGACCUCAGUGUGAGAAACACAGCACGUGGAAGCCAGCCCCAUCCCCUCUGCUCCCCACCGCAACUGUGCCACCUCAGGACCCACCGCAAGAAAACAAACCCAGCAGAAACAGCACCUGGUUUCUGCUCUUAGCCAGCACUGGGCAGCAGCUGCGGGAAGGCAGCGGAGCUGGUGACAGCGAGCAGGGCUGCAGGAGGGAGAGGGUCAGCUCCUGGAUGGUGCUGGCAGGGGAGCGGUGCUCAGCAGGAGAGUCCUAUGCAGUGAUGGGAGAAGGGACACAAACUCCCUGGUUAAAUGCUGCCUCAGAUGCAGGCUGGGAGCACUUCCAGACUGAAAUGCUUGCCCUUCUUUUCUGGCAUUUCCUUUCCUUGCUGAAAUCUUGAGUUCUUUCUAGCACAUGCACACAAAGCAAAAAAAAAAUAAUUGUAUUUCUUGGUCAAAAAGAUGGAGUUCAACGUGAAAUCACUCGGUGACUUGACUAGCUCAAUGGGAGCAAGACUUCUGGGUACUGGGGGCUGGAGCCAAGAACGCAUUUAGGGACUGAGACUGGCCAGCCAAUACCCAGCACAGGGAGCUGGGAGAGCAGCUGCCUCCUGAGCAUCUCCCAUGUCAAACAAACAGUCUCAUAGCCAGUUUUUUUGGCAAUGCGAAAGUUUUUUUGCAAAGGCAAUCAGAGCCCACAGCUGAGUCCCUCUGCCCACCUUUCCUUCCCAGAGGGCAGAGGAGCAGCCAAGGAUAGCUCCAGGAAAAAAAAAGGAAAAAAAAGAUAGGAAGAGCUCAGAGAGCCCAGGGCCUGUGGAGGUGGAUGUGUAUGUCAGAGGACGUGUGUGCAUCUGUGCAAGUGUGUGUGCGCCAGGGAGGGUGGGGACAAGGUAAGGAUUAGGGACCCCCAGAGGAAAGAGGCUUUUGCACGUGAAGCCAGCUCAGCUCUGAUUCCUUCACAGAGGUCGAAGUGUGUCACAGCCCCCACUGCUGCUCCUUGGCCCAGUUUUCCCCACCAUCCAUCUUGCCUCACCAAGGCCUGGCCCGAGCUAUACUAAGCCAGGAAACACUCCCAAGAAACUUGUUCUGGGCAAAUGCCACUGCCCUCACAGCGUGCCCGUUUCGGCUUUGCACUGAAGUUAAUACACAAUGCUCACAGCCACUCUAGUAUGCUACUCCUUAUGUAUGCCAUACUCACUGCUUUGGUCUCACAGGUUUACUGAUAUUUUAAUACUGAUGUUUAUUUUUAAGAUAUAAAUAAAAUUUAAAGUAAAAUUAUUUUGAAAUAUUA